AUGUGUGCACAAGGCGCUCGCAGCGAAUCAAACCGCAUCGCUAUCGCCGAUGCGAAUACCCAGUCGCCUGAUCCCGGUUGGGGAUUUGCGGAUUGGGUGCCGGUCUCGGACAAGACCGACAGCCGACGAGCUCUUUUCGGCUACGACGCGCCGAUGGCGUCAGUCUCUCGAGAUGAGUGCACCCAGCUCUCCUCGCCACGCGACACUGUGUCUCGCGCCCAUGACGACCACCACCGAGACACGCAACAAGAGACGCUGGCCCUGAUUCAGCCCUUCGGUGCCGACGGGGACGAGCAAGUCGGCCCGACGUGCUGUUACUCGAUCACGUCAACAUUCGGCGAGACGCCCGAGAUGCAAGCAGGAGAGUUCGGAGCAGAGUCGGCAUGGCUUGCACCCGAGAUGUGUGUGCACGAGGGCUCGCUAAUGGCAGCAUGCCUACGCGAAGGCAAGCCCUCCAAGAUCCCAUGCUUGGGUGACCCCACUCUGCUGCCGCUGCCAGGCGCGCCAGAUGCACGAGAGAGAGAGAGAGAGAUACAGUGGUCGGCUCGCCCGAUCCGACUCCGAUCUCUCACCUCAGGCGGCCACCCACUCGAGAUCCAGCCUGGCAGAAGCGAGUUGCGGUCUGCAUGGGUUUGCGGCUCGCCAAGGCACUCUGGCCCUUCCAAAGCACGCCGACACCUCGGCUGCUAUUGUACAGCACAAGGCGAUGUGCAGCUUCAUCGCGAUCGACCUUUCCUUUUUGGGAUGCCACCCGUCCUUUUCUCAUUCCGACCGCUGGCAAGGAUCCGACUCGUUCCGUCGCCGUCGUCUGCGUAG